GCAGAUCGACUAGCUAGGCGCAAAUAGGCAAGUAGUCAAGGUGCACUGGGUGGUGGACGCAGCCAGUGCAAUUGCAGGAGAGCCGUCGUGGCCUGCACUUCGCUAGCUCCGUCCGAGAAGUCGUGCGUGCCGCCAUGCUAAACGCAAUGUCCACCCUGUUGACGCUGCUGCUGGCCGCCGUCACGAUGGCCUCCGUGGCCGCCACCCACGACAAGAGUCCGAUUUUCGGAGCUUACCUCGCCGAGGCCAUGACCGAGACGCAACUGCAACCGGCGGUCAGGAGCUUGUGUGCCAACUACACGAAAUUUUACGUGGACGAGCUGCAGAAGUUGACGCUGUGGGCUGUUCAGAUGUACGAUUCGACCGCAAAAGUCCCCGACGGAGUGCUCAGCGGCAACGUUUAUCAGUUCGGCCACUUCGACGGCUGCCUGAAGAUCAGAGUGGACCUGGAGGACGGCGAAGGAUUCCGCGGCAAACACUGCCUGGCCAAAAUCAAGUUCGCCCCCAAACCAGAGACCUACCCGCAAUAUUUCCUCCCUUCUGAUGACCCUUUCCGCAUGGAAUUUGAUGCCAAUGGCAGCGCUUGGGAGAAGAUCAAAUACACCGGAGACUUGCGGAAACAGAGACGAGACGCGAUCUACUGGGGCGUCUGCGUGCCGUCCGUGUGCGGCGCAAAAAGUGUGCUUGAAGGCAUUAAAAACGCCAUCAAGCCUCUACAAGACAGCUUUGGUGUCAAUGCCAAUGUUGAACUUGUCGAGAAAAACUGUAAAAUACUGCAAUCGGAGACUUUUGAUACGCUCGACAUAUCUUAUAGCCUUAUUCUUUUUAUUAUCAUCGUCAUCGUGCUGAUUUGCACAGCAGUCGACACCUAUACCGCCUAUUUGGAUAAAAUCACCGACAGUUUCGGCAUCAGAAUUUUGCGCUCGUUCUCUGUCAGAACCAACUGGCUGAUACUGUGCCAAGGCCCUGCAGCCAGGGACAAUGACGCUGGGGACCUCCGAUCAAUCCAUGGGCUCAGGUUUUUGUCAAUGUGGCUUAUCAUCAUGGGCCAUCGCUGCAUGUUCUCACUGGGAGGCCCGCUUUUCAACCCUGAGCGGAUUGAAGAGAUCUACACAUCGGCUUUGAAUAUGAUUCUGCUCAACGGCACAAUCAUCGUCGACACUUUUUUCUUAAUCAGCGGUUUCCUCUCGUGCUACUUGAUGCUGCUUGAGCUGGAUAAAAAGAGGAAGGUCAAUGUUUCUUUGUUGUACGCCUACAGAUACAUCAGACUGACUCCAGUGUAUGCGAUGGUUGUCGGCUUUUACGCAACCAUCUACCCAAAAUUAGGUGAUGGUCCUAUGUGGGACCAAAAAGUUGGACUUGAGCGAGACAGGUGCAGAGACAACUGGUGGGCAAACCUGCUUUACAUCAACAAUUACGUUAACGCCGAGAACAUGUGUAUGUUCCAAUCUUGGUUCCUGGCCUGUGACAUGCACUAUUUCCUUCUGUCACCGCUCAUUAUUUAUCCCUUGUGGAGGUGGCCUAGACCUGGAAAGGUGCUGCUAUUUUUCGUCACCUCCCUCUCCAUUUUCGUGCCCUUUGCGGUUACCCUUUUGGGCGGACUCGACGCUGUCUUACUGCUUUUCAUGAGCACACUCGCUGAUCCGGUUUCAAACGAGACUUUCCGCUCAAUCUACAUUCCCUCCCACACAAGAGCGGCUCCGUAUUUCAUCGGCAUUGUUUGGGGGUAUGUGCUCUACAAAAUUCGCUCUGAAGGAAUCAAAAUCAACAAGAAAUUCGCCGCGGCUAUAUUUAUAUUUUUGCACUUUGUCGCAUUCGGAUGCAUUUUUGGUGCAUGGGCCUUUUACAUCCCGGACAUUCCCAGAUCAGCCCUGGAGAAAGCUCUCUAUGGAGGCUUUCACAGAGCAGGCUGGGCCAUCUCCAUUGGCUGGCUUAUUGUAGCUUGUGCGCUGAGUUUGGCUGGUCCAUACCGCGCUUUGCUUUCCUGGAAACCAAUGGUGCCACUUGGGCGUUUGACCUACUGCGCCUUUCUGGCCCACUCAGGGGUACAAAUGUACCAAAGUGCUUCAAUGCGUGUGCCUGAAUAUAUGACCUACUUCAAGAUGCUCUGGAUGACAUUGGGCGAUGUUUCAUUCACUUUCGGUGUCGCCUUGGUUCUGUACAUGCUCUUUGAGGCUCCAGUGACUGCACUACAAAGAAUAUUUUUCAAAAAAGAUCGAAAACCCGCAGGUGAUAAUCAGCAGCUUCCUGUUACAAUGGUUCAAAACGAGAUCAGGGAAACAUGCAGAGCGUGACAGAAAUUAAUUUCGUAAUUUAUAAUUAUUCCAGUUCAAAGUAUUCCUAGCAUUGUAAUCGCACGUUGUUGAAAUCUGUGAUUUUACCAUUUCCAUUGCUAUUAAAUGCCGAGCAUCAUCUCUAGUCUCCUCUAUGUAUUUACUAAUGACUUCUCCCCAUACUAACUCAACCAUGUGGUAUUAUCUUAAUCAUGUUGUAAACAAAUAAAUUUAUUUAAAGAAA